AUGGCGUCAGCAAAGUACUCCUUCCAGGUCCAGAUCCCCAACGAUACUGACAUCACCACCCUGGUGAACGGCGGCUACGAGCUGGGCGUCAUGAAGAAGAGCGGCGUCGAUUCCGCUGUCGCCAUUCCGGUGCAGUGGCUGUCCGUGGAGAUCCUGGGCGGAACGAUCACCGUGAGCUGGGACGAGGACUACUACCUGUACUACACGACGCAGGACCUGUCCCAGGACGGGGUCACCAUCAUGCAGGGGAGCAACACCCCUGAAGCGACCAUGGGCAGGAAGUACUCGUACAACCGGGUCUUCACGGACAUUGGCAGCGCCUCCCGCUCCGAUGGUAUUGAGAUUGAGAACGAUCUGCGCCCCGGCAGCGACAGCUACGGCAUCGCGCAGAAGGUGUCCAAGAACAACGGAAAGAUCGUUCAGGCAAGUGGAGGUUCCGCCCCCAUCAUCGCGUCCGGCAUCCUUUUUAAGGGCACGGCCGGCUUCAGCUUCGCCGAAGAAGUUGAGGUGUACUUCACCAACAGCAAGAAGUACACCGGAAAUGACGGAAUCGUCGCCAAGUACCUCUCCGUCUCCGCGUCCACAAGUAUCGUCCUCAAGCCCGGCCACACGUCAGCCGUCGCCUUUGACGUCAGCGGCGGAGCCUGGACGAGCGUGGAGCCGAUGGUGCAGGGCAUCCCGCUCGCGCUCGCGGCUGCACGCCCGCCCCAGGGGGCGAUCAACACGCUGGAGGAGCUGUUUGCUUACGAGCCAGCGCUGAACGUGAAGGAGCCUUCCGUCAUCGUUGAGCUCGUGGUGAUAAAGCUCGCCGUGAAGAUUCUGGGGGCCGCGCUCGUCAAGUGGAUCCACGAUAAGUACCGGCCGACCCACAUGAACCUCGGUGUGAGGGCCAUCAACCCGCUGGAGUCCAGCACCGAGCACAUGCUCGAGUUCACCAACAACGGCAACAUAAGCGUCCCGCAGAUGCACGCGGCCGAGCAGAGCCUCAAAGGCCAGCUCGUGCCGAUCCCUGGGGGCCGCUACCUGGCGGCGCCGGGGGUGUACCACACGCUGACCAUCGAGGACAAGAUCCUGAGCGUGGAGGUUAAGAAGCCGGACGCCACCGUCGCCGCGCUGCGCCUCAUCCUCGCGCAGAUGGCGGCCGCCAAGAAGGCCUCUGGGCUCCCCGUUGGUAACAAUGGAGCCUAUGGCGGCUACCUGAACUAG